CUUGUAACUCUACAUCCAUUAAUCAUCUUGUCCAUUAUUGGCAGUCGUGCUCUCUGCCAGGCCUGCCUUGGGCCCUUUGAUCUUUCCUCUCGCUUUCGUUCUUUUCUUUUCCUCUUUCAUCCUCUCUCAUCCCUCGAGACCACCCCAUGUUUCUCCUGCAAGACGAUGUACAAUCUUAUUCUCUCCAUCACCAGAUUUCCUUUCGUCAGAGCUCCAUUCCAAUAGGAUAAAUUCGCCACCUGAUUUCAUCCUCUCUUACUUUCUCACUUUCACCACUCUCGAGCUCGAGGCUCAAACCCUCUCUCAAACUUCUACCUCUCUCUCAACCUCUCGAACCUUAACGCUACCAACCUCUCAUCUCUUUUGAUCACCAUGCCCGAUCUUCGUCGCCAAAUUUUCGAGAGCGGCAAGACCGUCUCGCGGAAGGCUGCUUCUCGAGAAGCCUCCCGCAUCAACUCCCGCGCAAGCUCCAAGCAAACCUCUCGCCAGUCCUCGCAAAAUGCGAGUCGCCAGGGGUCCGAUGAUGAGGACUCAGGCUUUCUCUCCGAUGAUACAGCUCUGAGUAUCGGCUCUCUCGACGACGAGAAUCCCGAGACAGAUAAUGUCGAUUGGCCCCAGGAGCUGGCCGAUCGCAUGGCGGAGAUUCUUGAUCGCAAGCGAAGCAGCGUUCAAGGCCGCGAAGAAGCUCUCGCUGCAUUCUGCCGUCUGACCAAGUAUCACUAUGCCGAGGAAGAGACUCGCCCGCACAUCACCGAUCUGCUGAGUGCAUUCGCCCGAAGCGUUCGCAGCGAGUCUAGCACUCGCGAGACAACCUUGGCUCUUCGUGCGAUUGAGCUGCUGGUAAUUACCUCGUGUGAUGAUAAGAUCUACGAGAAUGCCGAGCCACUGCUCACCCGCUCCAUCCGCGAUUCGACUUCGAAUGCGGUCAAAGCGGCUGCAAUUUACUGUCUCGGCGCAUGUACGAAUUUCGGCGGCGCAGGCGAGGAAGGCAUCCUCGAGCAGAUGACUUUCCUUUUGGAUAUCAUCGCUUCGGACGGACAGUCCAUCGACGCGGCUGACGACCCAACCAGCGUUACCGCUGCCCUGCAUGUCUGGGGUUUCCUCCUCUCGGAAGUCGAUGACUUUGAAAGCGAGAGUGAAGAAGCAGUCCAAAUCUUCAUCGACCAGCUCGACAGUGGCGACUCGGGUGUUCAGAUCGCCGCGGGUGAGAACAUCGCUCUCCUGUAUGAAAAGAGUUACACACCUCAAGAGGAUGAUGACGACGAGGAUAGCGAGGAAGAAGACGAGGGCGAUGAACAUGCCAACAUCCAUCUUACUAGCGGGCCCAAGCUGAUCAAGCGGUACAACGCCUACCACAACACCCCCGAGCUAGAGCGCCAGCUUGCCAGUCUAGCGACCAUUCACUCGAAGCGCAUCAGCAAACGAGACAAGAAGUCGCUGCAUGGAAACUUCGCCUCGAUCUUGACCACUGUCGAGAAUCCCCGUCGCGGGCCGCGGUAUAACAUGGCCAUCGACCAGGACACCAACCGGCACUACGGCAGUACGUUGACGGUCAAAAUUGGUCGCCACGGAGUCAUGAGUAUUGAUCGGUGGUGGAAGUGGGUGCGAUUGCAGUCACUACGUCGGAUCUUGCAAGGUGGCUUUGCCGAGCAUUAUUUCCAGGGCAAUAGGGCUGUGCUGGAGAAUUUGCCGGUCAUGAUGCGUACAAUGGCCGAGGCUAGCGGGUCGGGGGAUCGUCAGACGGCCAGGAGAGCGGCAAGAAUGCGCAAUUCCAAGCGCUGGGCUGCUAAUUCUGAUGAUGAUGCGGAUAUGGAAUGAGGAUCUGCUUUUCAAUUGUGUGUCUCGCGGGAGAGGAUGUCUGUUCGUUUGACUUUUUUUUUUGAUACAGCAACUGGUCUACAGCAUGUCUAUCUCUACUCUGCGCGGAGGAAUUCAAUACAGUGUUACAUACAGUGGCCCCACUCCAAUGACUCGUUCGAUUGAACUCCUGUGGUUAUUUCUGUUCUUUUUUGUGAUGGUGAGGCCGAAGUGGGGGAGCUCUUGUUUAUGCCGAACGCAAGUAUGGGAUUCAAUGAACAUAAUGGAGACAAUAUUGUUCUCUGCCAAUAAAAGUUCAAGC